AUGACAAGCACACUACCUCCCCUCGUGCAAGCAUUCUCUGGCGCUGCUGGGAGCGCGACAGCUAAUGCAAUCACGUACCCACUGGAUCUUGUGACGACGCGGGUACAGACGUCCCCUUCAGCCAAAGGCGUGAGCGGUGCCUUCCAGGUGCUUCAACAUAUCCUCCAUAGGCAUGGUGUAGACAGACUGUACGAUGGGAUAGGCACAGACACCGGUGCUACAAUCUUGUCCAACUUCUUCUACUUCUAUGCCUACUUGUUCCUACGCAAUCUACUUUCACGCCGGAAAGCGCCGGGCAUCAUCCUUUCCUCGACCGCCAGCUCUUCUAGCGCACUGUCCAAGAAGAUCAUUAUUCUUUCAGUACCCGAGGAGCUUGCGGUGGGAUUCCUGGCUGGCGUACUAAGUAGAGCUAUCUCUACCCCACUGGGCGUGAUAACCGCUCGACUGCAGACAGAGAGUGAGGAUCAGGAAGAAUCCGAGCCUAAGGAGUCCAUAGGACAACCCAACAUAACCAGCGGUAGAGUAGUCGACGUAGUGAAGGCUAUAUACAGUGAGAGUGGGCUCGCUGGCUUUUGGAGAGGUUUUGAGACAGUCGUGCUUUUGAGCCUCAACCCAUCGCUCACUUUUUUCCUCUACCAAUUCUACCGGAGACUUUUCCUAAGAGGGACCGACCGGCAGACACCAAAGCCCGCACAAGCAUUUUUUGGGGCGGCCUUCUCUAACUCGAUUGCCGUGACGAUCUUAUACCCUCUCAUCUUGGCCAAGACGCGGCUACAGACCUCACGGCUCACAUCGAGCUCGCUGUCGUCGGCGUCGUAUAUCUGGUCAUCAGCAUACAAACGAGAUGGACUUCGAGGUCUAUACCAAGGACUGGAAGUUACGAUAUUGAAGGGAUUCCUGAGCCAAGGUGUUACCAUGAUGGUAAAGCAGCGCAUUGAACAGCUUGUUAUUGCUUUGUAUUUGUACAGACGACUGAGGUCGUGA